AUGGCCAAGAACGUGACCAAGAACAUGGCCAAAAAUGGGCCAAAGGCCAAGGUUAAGAAAGACAACAAGAAUUUGCAGGGUCAUGUUCGAGCUCGACUGGACUACCUUCACAAAGCAGCUGUCUAUCUGCAAAACGUGCAACAGCAGACAGCCCACCAAGUGAACACUGAGGAGACCGGUUCCUCUGCUAUGACUCAAUCUACACACAACAUCUCUGCUGAAAAUCAGCGUAUCAAGGACCCUUCUAAUUCUCGAAAGACGAAAGAACCAAUGGACAACCUCUCCCGGGUAUGCAUUUCUCAUCUACGCGGCGUGGCAUUAAAGACUCAAAUCCGACUGCCGGUUGCACUAAAGAGAUCUAUCUGCAAGCGAUGUGAUACGCUCCUUGCGCCUGAUGUAAACUGUUCACAUAAGAUCGAGAAUGCGAGUCGUGGCGGCAACAAGCCAUGGGCCGAUGUACUGGUCGUCCGCUGCUUCAAGUGCGGAACCGAAAAGCGGUUUCCUCAAACAGAGAAGCGUGGAAAAAAGCUUAUACAACGUCGUGAGGAAUCAGCAUUACAAUGUCAAGCUACUGCCACAAAUGCGGACGUGAAAACUGCGGAUGUCAUGGAGACGGCAACAUGA